AUGCUGUCGCGGAGCCUCCUCGCCAUGGCAGCGGCACUGGCAUCCCUCGCCGCCGCCCAGGUCACGACGGACUGCAACCCCAUGAAGGAGGACUGCCCCAACGACCCGGCGCUCGGGACCUCGCAGUACUUCAACUUCAACCAGACGCAGAACAGCAAGCUCUGGGAGACGCACGUCGGCAAGGUCGAAUGGGACGCCGACACGGGCGCCAAGCUCGUCGUCGCCAAGCAGGGGGACUCGCCCACCCUGCGCACCAAGUUCUACAUCUUUGGAGGGCGCGUCGAGCUCAAGCUCAAGGCUGCCCCGGGGGCGGGCAUCAUCAGCUCCAUGAUGCUGCUGGGCGAUAAUCUGGACGAGAUCGACUGGGAGUUCAUCGGGAGCAACACGACCCACGCGACGACCAACUUCUACGGCAAGGGCGUCGAGGACUUCACCAAGGGCGGGUGGCACCCCAUGGCGAGCCCGCCGCAGGACGACUACCACAACUACACGGUGGACUGGCGCAAGGACAGGCUGGACUGGUAUAUUGACUCGCAGCUCGUGCGGACCGUCGUCCCCGGCGCCGAGACCACGUCUGAGGGCAAGGACACCUUCCCCCAGACGCCACUGCGUUUGAGUCUCGGUAUCUGGGCCGGUGGUGAUCCCAGGAUGCCCGAGGGCACACGCAAGUGGGCUGGAGGUGACACCGACUACAACGCUGGGCCCUACGAGAUGCAUGUUAAGAGCGUCUUCGUCGAGGACUACAGCAGCGGCAAGGAGUACAAGUUCGGCGACAAGUCAGGAUCCUGGGACAGCAUUGAGGUUAUCUCAGGAAACUCAACCGCCCUCAACGCCAUCAACGAGCCCCCCGAGGAAGCCGAGAAGUCCACUAGUGAGAAGUUCAACGCGCUCCCCGAGGGCGCCAAGAUGGGCAUCUACAUCGGCAGCGGCGUCGCGGGU